AUGCCGAUUUAUACCAAAGAAAUUCUUGCAUUGCGGGAGUGCAUCCAGACUACCAUUGUUUGCAUCAUCACCAUGAGUUUGGUUGCAGACAAUCAUUUUACUGCCUUCAUUUAUCGCCCAGGGUCUGUCAGUAUCAAAUACAGAGACUCUAUGCACCACCAGCCACCAGGAGAUAUCAUCCCAGUCCUCCAAUGGGUAUUUCAUGGAUUAUUUGAGACAUCAAUCUCCGAAAUCACCUUUGGUUUCAUUCCGAAGCAAGGGCCUGACAAUGGUGAAGGCAGUUGUGGGGUCAUUGCACACAACUUCAUUGAAAUCACAGUUGACGCACACUCAAACAGGGUCCAGUGUUGGAACAGACCCGAAUCUGCAUUAUUCAGAAAUGCAGUUCUUCAUGAUUUAAUUAGCUUUCACUAUGCUUCAAGUCAAAGCGCUGGAGAUUUUUCGGAUUGGACUUCACCAGUUUUGACUCCUGGUGGGCUUGAAAAAGGACAGGUCAAUAUUUCGACAGGCUCCGGAUUCAAUGAUUUCAACAACUUUAGCCCCAAUGUCAGUUACUUCUCCCAAUCCUUCGAUGAUCAAGCUUCUUACCAAAAACCUGGACAGAACGAUCAUCCCGCCUCUCAAUUGAAGACUUCCAUCAUAACAAUUCAACCAAUUCAUCAACCUGUGAACCUGCUGAAAGUGCCAACUCUCGAUAAAUUACUGUCAAUACCACAAUCUCUUUUGCCACCAUUUACUUUGAGCACCCCUGCCUACUCUGUGUCUGCUCCCCUAGCCAAAAAAGUCACAUCAGGCAAUCCCAUCAUGUUCUCGCCCCCACAUCCUGGCCAGAAAUGA